CCAUUUGGCUUCGAUGUAAUGUGCAAUUGACCCAAAUCGCCAAGAGGACAUAAAUUCGUGACUACUUUUCGAACAAACAAAUGGCGACAAUCUCUUUUGGAACGACUAAAACGCUUUUUGUGUUUAUGAAAUGGAAGUGAGCUGUCUCUUUGUGAAGAAGUAGAAAAAUUGUGACGUUGAGUGAUGUUAAAGAGAAGUCGUAGAAACAAGCAAAAAUUAUCGUGUCGACAAUUCAAAACUGACUUCAAUGAAAAACAAUAUUUUGUGAGAAAUUGAUUGAAAUCUUAUUUUGUAUAAACUUGUUUGCAAAUCUCAAAAAUGGAAGAACAUCCGUUAGUGUGCUACGGUGACCAUCAAAGUCUUGCCAAUGCGCUGUCAAAUCAUGAUAUAGAUUCAUUUCGUCGUGCACUACAUUCCCCCACGGAAGUUGAAAAGCGUGACAUCGAGUCGUCGAUGACGAUAUUUGAAAAGGCGUGUCAAACGCCCAACUGUGCCCAAUUCAUUGAAGAGUGUAUUUUGGCCGGUUGCGAUGUGAAUAAGUUGAAUUCCGAACUCAAUAAGCGACCAAUCAAUUUUGUUGUUGAUUCGCAUUGCGUCGAUAAUUUGGCUGCAUUGCUACGAGAUCCAAGUGUAGACGUGAAUUCAAAGGGGCCAUCGCUUAAAACACCCGUUAAUUCGCUUGCCGAACAGAUAACCAACGAAAAUUUUCGAAACGUUUUUCCGUGUAUUAAAUUAUUGAUUCAACACGGAGCGGAUGUAAACGUACCAGAUUGGCGAGAGACAACCCCAAUCGUACACAUUCUCAAGAAUCGUAAUUUAAGUGCGGCCAAUAAAGAAGUGAUUGUAAAAUAUUUACUUCAAAAUGUGGUUGAAGUUGAUAUCGAUUCGCAUCGAAAUGGUGAAGCACGAAAAUUACUCCAAAAAUCACUGCCCGAAAUUGAGUUGAUGCCAAAAUCAACUGAAACCACACUGCCAAAUAGUACAUCGUCGCAUAGACAAUGGAAUUUUAAUCAUCUAUUUCUCGCAUUGAAAAAUGAACAAGAAGAUGAAUUUCUGCAGGGAAUUCAACAAGUGGCUGAGCAAAACCCGAUGACAAUGCAAGAAUUAUUUACAGCCGCCGAAAGCAGACAGACAUUACUGAUUGUGGCUGUUGAAAAAGAUUUGGUGUUGGCCAUAAAGAAAAUGCUCCAGCUCGGCGCUGAUGUUAAUUUCUUUGUUGAUACAACGAGAGACACAAUGUCACCGGCAAAAUGUGCAUGCAUUCGUGGUCACUGGCGAUCGUUGGAAAUACUUUUGAGAGCACCUGAAUUGGAUUUGAAUUCGGCUCCUUUAUUACCCAUCACCGUGAAGAAUUUGGGUGAAAAACCGACGAAAGUUUGUGACUACGAAAGAUGCUUUGAAAUGCUUCUCAGUCACCGAAACAUCGAUGUGAAUCAAAUGGAUAUGAAUCAUAGUACGGCUCUGCAUUAUGCGGUCAAAUUCAAUAAUUCCCGAGCUAUUCUUGAGCUAUUAAAACAUGGCGCGUAUGUCGGAGUGCAAAAUGUUCACAAUCGAUUAUCAAUUUGGAAUAUAAAUCCACAGGUGCUUGAAAAGCAUUUCGACUCUUGCAUCACAACCAAUGAAUUUCGACGGAGUGAUGAUAGCUUUGAGAUUGAGUUUGACUAUAAAAAUUUAAUUCCACUUCAUCAUCACCACACCGACAGUAUCACAGAUGAAAUGACAAGCAUCGAAUAUAUUUCGAAAUCAAAAGAACACAAGCAAUUGCUGAUGCAUCCGCUAAUUGCAAGUUUUUUGUCAUUAAAAUGGAAUCGCCUGGUGCUAUUCUUCUACAUCAAUUUU